ACUUCGAUCCAUUCUCUCCAUUCCCAUGGCGAUACACAAUUAUAUGUUUUUUAAUCCCCAGACUCUCUUUCAGGACAUUAUUGCACCCGACGGUCGAGCUUUCAUGGACCCUGUGAAGGAAUUGCUGGAUGAUUGCUUGGCAGGAAGCGUGGCAAUUCCAGAAUUCGAUUCUGGGGAGGUAGAGCUGCUUGAAGAUCCCCUACCUCUGCCCCUGCUUAUGCCAUUGCCUUGUGCAGAGCAAGUGUGGAAGGAUGAGGAAGUUGUGUUUGAAGCCGAUUCCCUCUCUAAUCUCUGUUUCCUCCCACCACCUCCUACUCUGCUGCAGUCAAGAGAGGACGCACAGAGCUUGGUAAUGUCACAGGGCCCUGCCCAUUUAGGGUUUACCGAGAAAGUUUCAGGGGAGGGGGGGAGAGAGGAAGGGGGGUAUCUGGGUAGUAGCUUACAUGCCCAUCCGAUUGAAAUUGAAGGCUCUGCACUCAGUCUUCGUCGUCGAAUCUAUGGUACAGGAGACAUUCAGGCGAUGGAUUGCAUUAAAAUGGGUCUUGAAGGUGCCGCUCCACUCACAUGUGAUCAUUCGAGUUUUGAGGAGGCGAGGUAUAAGGUGGGGCGUUAUACUGUGGAAGAGAGAAAACAACGUAUCUACAGAUACAAGAUGAAGCGGAAUGAGAGGAAUUUCAAUAAAAAGAUUAAGUAUGCAUGUCGGAAAACCUUGGCCGAUAGUAGACCCCGUGUUAGAGGGAGAUUUGCAAGAAAUGAAGUUGGACAAAACUCAAGGGCUAAGCAACAUCAGGUUUAUGAAGAUGGAGAUGAAAUGUUGAAAGUUGUAGGAGAGACGUAUGGUUGCGGAAGCACUAAUGGUAGCUACUUGCAUGGAUUUGAAUGAAAUGAGAGGAGAAAGAUGUGUACCAAAUUUGGUAUGGAAAGGUUGGGUUAAAAGUUUAAGAGUCUACAAGUUAUUUGUUAUUCCUCAAAUAAAAAAUAACAAAUAACAUGUUCACUUUUUAAGUGAAUUCACUCCCAAAUUAACUUUUGUUAACUUAA